UAAGAUUAAAAAAUAUUUAUUUACCUAGUCUGUAUAUGUUUUUUUUUUCUCUCUGUGUGCUUUUUUAUUAUUUUCCCACAGAACAACACGUAUACAAUAAAAUAUUUUAUAGAAAAAAAAAAAAAAAGGAUGACAGAAUAUCAUAGUGAAAGUUAUUAUGAAGAAACAUUAAAAACCAAGGAAAUUCGAUCUAUGCCGGAAGGAUCCGCACGGUUAGCUGCACUUCGAGAUUUAGGUGUCACUUUUGAUGAAGGACAGCAUAGAACUACCAAGAUUGCCACCCCAUCUGGCACACCCAAGUUACCCACUUUUGUCGACGCCGCACAAAUUGAGCGUAUGUUAAAUCAAAAGAAAAUAAGCUCGUUUGCAAGAGAUGAUGUAUCUCAAUGCUCUGAUUUCCUUUAAAUACUCUCACACACACAAUAAAGAAAAAAAAAAAUCUUUUUCCCUUCUGGGUUAAACCUUUACCCCUCUCUCUUCCAUCUUUUUUUUUUUUUUUUUCUU